AGUUAAUUUAUAUUCUAAAAUCUAAAGAUCAGCACUAUAUAAGGAUCGCGGAUGAAUUUGUAAAUCACAUUCGGAUUAGCAGACCCGGCAACCCCACUUGCAAAAUGAAAUUCCUUAUCGUUCUCGCCAUCGUGGCUGCGGCCAGCGCUGACGUCUCUCACGUCAUCAAGGACGAGGCCUACGCUCCCAUCGUCAAGUCGUCCUUCGACAUUCAGCCUGAAGGCGCCUUCCAGUAUGCGUACGAAACCGGCAACGGCAUCUCCGAACAAGCUUCCGGUGUUGUCAAGAACCCUAACUCCGACGAGCCCUCUCUCGAAGUUAACGGCGCUUACAAAUACACCGGCCCUGACGGCACUCCCUACCAGGUGACCUAUGUUGCCAACGAGUACGGAUUCCAACCUCAGGGAAGCCAUCUGCCCGUCGCCCCUCCCGUGCCUGAAGCCAUCGCUCGCAGCAUCGCCUACAACGCCGCCCACGCCACCCAGGGCGUCGCCCAAGGCAUCGCCCAGGGCGCCGCGCGCGUCGUGACUGCCCCCGCCAGAGCCGCCUACGCAGCUCUCGGUUAAACGACUCUCAUCUUCACCUAGCAUGCACAAUAAACUUUUAAGGAAUUGAA